AGAGCCGGGGGUGGAGCCUGAGACCUGUGUAUCAUAUUGUUUAUUGGACACCCCCACCAGGAUAAACCUAGACAUCCAAAACCUCCCCUCAAGGCUUACCUCUCCUAAGGUAGUCCAGAUUGGGUAGCCCUCACAAAUGUCACUACUUCCGUCACCCAUCUUGGGUUUGCCCAAAUCUGUAAAGGAGUGGGGCUGGCCCGAAGGACAAUGCCUCCCAGAAUUCCCCGCGACCUGGUGCGGCGGGCACCCGGAAACUGCAACUCCCAGGAUUCUGCCUGCUCUCCGCGGCUGGGCUUCUGGCGGCGACUCCCGGGAAAAGCAAAUGGCAGAGGCGUCAGGGUCUCGGCACCGCUCUCUGUAUAAACUGGUGGGCUCGCCGCCUUGGAAGGCGGCUUUUAGGCAGGGAUGCCUGGAGAGAAUGAGAAACAGUCGGGACAGGCUCCUGAACAGAUAUCGCCAGACUGGAAGCAAUAUGUCAGGGGGAGCUCGAAAUACCCUUCUGGUGCAGGAGGUUAUGGAAGAAGAGUGGAAUGCUUUGCAGUCGGCGAAGAGCUGGCCAGGAGCCUUGGCACAGUUGGAGGAGCCCAUGGAUCUGGCUGUGCUGGAGGAAAUCCAACAGGAGCUGAUUGAUCAAGAACUAUCCAUCAUCAGCGAGUAUGAGAAGAGCUUGCAGUUUGAUGAAAAGUGUCUCAGCGUCAUGCUGGCCGAGUGGGAAGCAAACCCUCUCAUCUGUCCUGUGUGUACAAAGUACAACCUGAGAAUAGCGAGCGGUGUGGUCCUGUGUCAGUGUGGCCUCUACAUCCAGUCUCAUUCUCCAGACUUGACAGAACAGAAGCUCCGUGCCUGUUUAGAAGACAGUGUCAACGAGCACAGUGCACACUGUUCCCACACGCCGGAAUUCUCCGUCACGGAAGGGACAGAGGAAAAGUCCAGUCUUCUCAUGAGCUGUCUGGCUUGUGAUACUUGGGCCGUGAUCCUCUAGAGCCAGCAGUCUACUGGGUUGGAAAGUUCCAUCUUGAGAAGGGGCCUUAUAAAUACAAACCUUUUAUUAUUUAUCCUUUAUUUUGUAUUAAAGCUUUUCAAGUGUC